AUGGACCAUUUUAUUUAUUUAUUUAUUUAUUUAUGUAUCUUUUUCUUUCUUUCUUUUGUUUUAUCUAUAAUUCUGGACCAUUUUCUUUCUUUCUUUCUUUCUUUAUCUGUUCCUUUCCGUCUUUCUUUCCACCUUUCUUUCUUUCUUUCUUUCCGUCUUUCUUUCCAUCUUUCUUUCCACCUUUCUUUCUUUCUUUCUUUCUUUCUUUUUCUUUUUCUUUCCAUCUUUUCUUUCUUUUUUUUCUUUCUUUCUUUUUCUUUUUUCCGUCUUUCUUUCCAUCUUUUCUUCCACCUUUCUUUCUUUCUUUCCGUUUUCUUUCCAUUCUUUCCACCUUUCCGUCUUUCUUUUCCAUCUUUCUUUCUUUUCUUUCUUUCUUUCUUUCCGUCUUUCUUUCCAUCUUUCUUUCUUUCUUUCCGUCUUUUUCUUUCCAUCUUUUUUCUUUUUUUUUUUUCUUUCUUUCUUUCUUUCUUUCUUUCCGUUAUUUCCAUUUUUUUUUCUUUCCGUCUUUCUUUUCCAUCUUUCUUUCUUUUUUCUUUUCUUUUCCAUUUUUUUUUUUUCGUCUUUCUUUCCAUCUUUCUUUCUUUUCUUUUCUUUUCUUUCUUUCUUUCCAUCUUUCUUUUCUUUUUUUUUUCUUUCUUUCCGUUUUCUUUUCUUUCUUUUUUUCUUUCUUUCUUUCCGUCCUUCUUUUCCAUUUAUUUCUUUCUUUCUUUUUUUUUUUUCUUUCUUUUUUCUUUCUUUUCUUUUGUUUCUUUCUUUUUCCAUCUUUCUUUUUUCUUUUUUCUUUCUCCUUCUUCCGUCCACCUUUCUUUCUCUUUCCUUUCUUUUCUUUCUUCCAUCUUUCUUUCUUUCUUUCUUUUUUUCUUUUUUCCGUCUUUCUUUUUCCAUCUUUCUUUCUUUCUUUCUUUCUUUCUUUCUUUCUUUCUUUCCGUCUUUCUUUCCAUCUUUCUUUCUUUCUUUCCGUCUUUCUUUCCAUCUUUCUUUCUUUCUUUCUUUCUUUCUUUCUUUCCGUCUUUCUUUCCAUCUUUCUUUCUUUCUUUCCUUUCCGUUUUCUUUCCAUCUUUCUUUCUUUCUUUCCAUCUUUCUUUCUUUUCUUUCUUUCCGUCUUUCUUUCCAUCUUUCUUUUCUUUUCUUUCCGUCUUUCUUUUCCAUCUUUUUCUUUCUUUCUUUCUUUCUUUCUUUCGUCUUUCUUUCCAUCUUUCUUUCUUUCUUUCUUUCUUUCUUUCUUUCUUUCUUUCUUUUCUUUCUUUCUUUACAGCUAUCAUUCUGGACCACUCUUCUUUCUUCCUUCUUUUUUGCUUUCUACCAUUCGUUAUUUCUAUUUAUUUGUUUCUUUCUUUUCAUUUUUUGAUUUUUAACCAUUUUCUUUUUUUUUUUUCUUUCUUUCAUUAUCUUUCUUUCUGUCUUUCUUUCAUUUUUUUUCUUUCUUUCUGUUUUAGCUAUCAUUUGCGUACUUUUUCUUUUUUCCUUUUAUUUCUUUUUUUAUUUUGUUUUAUCUAUAAUUCCCAUUUAAUUUUUUCUUUAUCUCUUUCUUUUCUUUCUUUUCUUUCUUUCUUCCUUUUGUUUUUAUCUAUUCUGAAUCAUUUUCUCUUUUCUUUUCUUUCUUUUUUCCUUCUUUCUCUCUUUCUUUCUUUCUUUUUUAUUUCUUUUUCUUUCCUCCUUUCUUUCUUCUUUCUUUCUUUUCUCACAUUUCCGUUUUUCUUUACCAUUUUUCUUUCUUUUCUUUUUUUCUUUCCUUCUUUUUCUUUUAUCUAUAAUUAUGGACCAUUUUAUUUAUUUAUUUAUUUAUUUAUUUAUUUUUUCUUUCUUUCUUUUGUUUUUUAUCUUUUCUUUUUUUUUUUUUCUUUCUUUCUUUAUCUUUCCUUUCCAUCUUUCUUUCUUUCUUUUUCUUUCUUUCUUUCUUUCUUUCCGUCUUUCUUUCCAUCUUUCUUUCCACCUUUCUUUCUUUCUUUCUUUCUUUCUUUCCGUCUUUCUUUCCAUCUUUCUUUCUUUCUUUCUUUCUUUCUUUCCGUCUUUCUUUCCGUCUUUCUUUCCAUCUUUCUUUCCACCUUUCUUUCUUUCUUUCCGUCUUUCUUUCCAUCUUUCUUUCCACCUUUCCGUCUUUCUUUCCAUCUUUCUUUCUUUCUUUCUUUCUUUCCGUCUUUCUUUCCAUCUUUCUUUCUUUUCCGUCUUUUUUCCAUCUUUCUUUCUUUCUUUCUUUUCUUUCUUUCUUUCUUUUUUUUUCAUCUUUCUUUUCAUCUUUCUUUCUUUCCGUCUUUCUUUCCAUCUUUCUUUCUUUCUUUCUUUCUUUCCGUCUUUCUUUCCAUCUUUCUUUCUUUCUUUCUUUCUUUCCGUCUUUCUUUCCAUCUUUCUUUCUUUCUUUCUUUCUUUCUUUCUUUCUUUCUUUCCAUCUUUCUUUCUUUCUUUCUUUCUUUCUUUCCGUCUUUCUUUCCAUCUUUCUUUCUUUUUCUUUUCUUUCUUUCCGUUUCUUUCCACCUUUUUUCUUUCUUUUCUUUUCUUUCUUUCUUUCUUUUCUUUUUCUUUCUUUUCUUUUCUUUCCGUCUUUUCUUUCCAUCUUUCUUUCUUUCUUUCCCGUCUUUCUUUCCAUUUUCUUUCUUUUCUUUCUUUCUUUUCUUUCUUUCUUUCCGUCUUUUUUCCAUUUUCUUUCUUUUCUUUCUUUCUUUCUUUCGUUUUUCUUUUUCCAUUUUCUUUCUUUCUUUCUUUUUCUUUCUUUCUUUCCGUUUUUUUUCCAUCUUUCUUUCUUUCUUUCUUUCUUUCCCCUGGACCGUUUUCUUUCUCUAUUUCUUUAUUCUCGUUCUUUUUUUUUUAUUCUUUUUUCCCCUUUUUCUUUUCUUUCGUCCUUUGUUUCUUAUCUCUUUAUUUAUUUUUUUUUUUUUUAUCUAUAAUUCUGGGCCAUUUUAUUUUUUUCUUUAUCUCUUUCUUUCUUUAUCUUUUACUUUCUUUCUUUCUUUUGUUUUAUCUCUAAUUCCGGACCGUUUUCUUUCUUUCUUUCUUUCUUUCUUUCUUUCUUUCUUUCUUUCUUUCUUUCUUUACCUGUUCCUUUCCUUCUUUCUUUCCUCCUUUCUUUCUUUCUUUCUUUACCUGUUCCUUUCCUUCUUUCUUUCCUCCUUUCUUUCUUUCUUUCUUUUGUUUUAUCUAUUCAUAUGGACCAUUUUCUUUCUCUAUUUUUUCUCGUUCUUUCUCUCUUUCUUUCUCUUCCUCUCUCUCACUUUCUUUCUUUCUUUCUUUCUUUUUUCUCGAAUUCAGCCUCUUCUAUUCCCACUUAAUAAAUAUUCACCAAAGCAUCAACAACCUCUCACAUUUUUUUCAUUUGCUAACCAAACGUGCACAAUUACUAAACGUUAA